CUGGACAACCAGGCCCGGUCCGGUUCCACGGCGUCGCACUACGGCUCCGUCAAAACCCGCGUCUACCAGCGCCGCGGAGGACCUCCACGUUUUCGUCGGCGCGACAUCCACUCUUCACGUUCUUAUCUUCUUCGUCGCAGUCGUUAUUUCUGUUCUGCCUCGUGGACCAGCUUGACACGGUAUUGGAGACGCGUCCGGGUGUACCGCUGUCGCGUGGGGGACGUCAGUGAUCCUUGCUUGGCUUUCAAGAUACAUCCAAUCGGUCGAGGAUCCAGAAAUAUGUGAGAGUGCGUUGUGUUAUGAUAGCAUAACGAAGACAACGAAAGGAUAUGCUUCAAGAACGACCACACGCUUGAUUGAAAUCCAGGAGUUUCAAUUGAAGAUUAUUCAUUCCACAGAUGAGUAUCAAAUCUGUUCUGAGAUAGUUUGUGCUGCAACAUCAUCGGAAACCUCGCACAAGCACACUAAAGAUGAACUGAACGAAGGAGAAACAAACUAAGGAUAAACAUGGAACGGAGUAUAAAUAUUGCUCGCAAACAGCCUGCAUCACCUGUCCGUCGGAAAGAAGCAAAGUGAAAUUCGAUUUAACCGGGUGGCAAAACUCGCGAGAAGUCGAGUUACCGUCGGAAGUGUGAAACGGCAAAGAAAAUUCAUAGGGCAAAAGGGACAUCUUGAUCGUCGCAUUAUGAUCUUAAUUGAUUAAUUAUGUAUGUUAAAAAAAAUCGUGAAACUCGAAUAAACAGUGACUGAGACACGAAUUAAAAAUGACGUCGUUCGUCAGUGUUGCACGGAGCAUUUCUGUAAAAUAAACAAUUUAAAAUGACAUUAAAUGCCGAAGAAAGAUUAUUGUUGAUUUGAAGAAGUGCACUGGGGGAGAAGAAGCAUCAUGAAAACGCGGUCUACAAAAGUUCCAUUGUGAUCGGUUGAAGAAAACUGACUUUGACACUGUGAGAGGUGGGUGUUUUCCCAGAAGAAGAUGUCGAGUACAUCUCCGGAAGCAACAAUGGGUCUGGACUCGUCGGAACCGGAGACCAGAUCGAACCACCUGAUCCCGCGGCUGGAUCAGGAUGCGGAAGACGCGGAGAAACGAGAUCAGGCGCGAGGGACGGAAUGCGGCAACGCGGACAGCGACUGCGAGAGCGACACGAGCGAGGUGUUGAGCGUGGGUAGUGAGCCUACGCCGACGAGCAUGGUCGGGGUGCGCGUAUGCGGCUCAGUAAGAUACGACCAGGAGUCCGCGAGCAGUCGAGGCGAAUUCCGCGACGAGGAGAACACAAGGACGUCGGCAACACCGUCGCCGUCCAGUUCCGCCAGCUGCAACGAGCUGUAUUAUCAACGUACGUCCGGUAAUCACAUUCCGGCGCCGAGUCCGCCGGGCUACAGCCAACCACCAUCGUCGCCCACGGCGUCUUCCGUCAGGUCUCCGGCUUCCUCUUCGGCCACCGCUUCGUCCCCGGGUCGGCCGGAUGCCGUCCAAGAGGCUAUCAUACCCAGGUAUCAGUCUGGUCACCAGCAACAUCUCAUACCUCGAUAUUCCUCGAGAGAGCCGGAGAUUCCUGACUAUCCGGCGCGAGUUCAGCACGGCUUGGGCCACGAAAUCGUCUAUCCCACUGUAGAGAGGCUACACCGCACGCCUAUAAGCGUCCCUCUGGUAACGAGACUCUCGUUGUCCCCGCCGUCGGCUAUGACGGUCACCGGGCUCCAGGCGACGACGCCCGUUCUCCACCCCGCUGCCUGUAGAGACCCACGCGAGGCUACCUCGUUGAUGCCGCAUCACAGCCAGCAUCUGCAUCACGCGAACGCUCACACGCAUCUUCACCAGGCCUCGCAGGUGCAGCACGUGCCGGCGAAUUCGGUGCACCAGCAUCGGCUCUCGGUCAACAAGCUGCUGCAACGCGAUCCAGCAAGUCCGGCGUCGCCCGGCGCCAGAGAAGAAAACGGACGUACCCUGCCGACCACCGCGAACGGCGUGCAGAACAGCAUUAGCACCAGCAACAAUGGCAAUCACCACAACAAUCACAACAACAAUAACAAUCUUCAGCAUCAGGCGGGUCUAAAGUUCAGUAUAGACAAUAUUCUGAAGGCGGAUUUCGGCCGACGAAUCACGGAUCCUAUCUCCCUGAAGAAAUCGCGGCCGAAAAAGGCGGCCUCGAGACCGAUCGAUCUGACGAAGGACUUUCUCGAGUCGUCCUCCGACACGUCCGAGAGGAGCAGCUCGGAAACAACGACGACGACGAACGCCUCCCCCACCAGCGUUUCCACCGGAAACUCAGCGUCGAACUCGACUGGAACGGCCGGGACCGAUCCUGGAAAGAUGUUAUGGCCAGCGUGGGUCUACUGCACCAGAUACUCGGACAGGCCUUCUUCGGGACGAAAACCAUCCCGUGUUCCAGGUCCGCGCACGAGAAGAGUGAAAAGGACAGACGGACGCGGAGGCGGUACUCCCGAGGAGAAACGUCCCAGGACGGCGUUUAGUGGUGAGCAGUUAGCGAGAUUAAAGAGAGAAUUUGCGGAGAACCGAUAUCUGACGGAAAGACGAAGGCAACAACUCUCGAGAGAUCUAGGUCUAAAUGAAGCGCAGAUCAAGAUCUGGUUCCAAAACAAAAGGGCGAAAAUUAAAAAGGCUAGCGGUCAGAAAAAUCCACUGGCACUGCAGUUAAUGGCACAGGGACUCUACAAUCAUUCGACGGUACCGCUUACUAAAGAGGAAGAGGAACAGGCCGUGGAGCUCCAAGCGAAAUGACGAUUGUAAACUUAAACGAACUCUCGAUAAAAUCUAGCUUGUAACUUCGAAUCCUAAAUUUUAUAUUUAAUCCCAAAGAUGCUAUAAACGGAGAUCAAAUUACCCUUCAUUCGGUUUUGAUUCUUCGCAUAAGAAUUCUUGAGGAAAAUCGAGAAGAAAAAAUAGAAUCUGGAGAUACCAGAUCAGUUAGUGUAAAAAAAAAAUUCUUCCAAUAUAAUUAGAAAAUGAUGAUAUUAAAGCCUCACGAAGUAAUCUUUUUUUUUGGAGCUAAUAACUGUUCUCCUGAAAAAAAACGGGAAACAUCAUCGAAAAAUAUUUUAAUCUUAUUUUGCUGAUUUGCAGAUUUCUGAAAGUAAGUCAUAAUCAACCAAAGCGGUGUAAAUCUUUAUUUAAGAAGAGAAAGAAAGAAAAUAAAUAUAUAGUAUAUAUUAUUUCGGAGAGUCAUUGGCCACAAAGCUAAUAAAAAAACUUUUACAGAGCGGGGCAAAGCCUACGGUCUGUCAUUUCCCUUCCUUAAAAUAAAAGACUGGAGUAUUUAUUUCGCUAGACAUACUAGUACAACUCGUUAGACAGCAAACGAAUCAACUUGAGGAAUCCUUGUUUCGUAAUUAGAGCUUCCGAUAGAACAACGUUUGGCGAAUGUCGCUCGCCUUCGUUCAACGUAAUUGUGAGAGGAAAGUUAGUUACCGAGAUGGCUACGUGAAUAAAUUACGAUCACCGUUUCUUGCCAACUUUAAGAGACGACACAAAAAUGAAAAUUACGACGCUCAUAAAAUAUAUGCGUAAUAUAAUAUAUUUUCCAACGAGAGUGAGUAUUAUUAGAUAAUUUUUUCUCACAGAAUUUGAUCUAAAGAGUUUUUGGCAUAAAAUGUGUUCGAUUAGAGAUGGCAUGAAGCGGUUAAUUUAUCACAAAGGAGAUUAACAAGUGCCAUUUUUUGCAUUUUUUCCGGCAAGAUUAUUUGCGUAAAAAUAUUACAGAAUUGUCUCGUGACGGAAGAAAAUAAAGUCGAAAACAAAACCUUUUUCGUUAAUUUAUUGUAAAAAUGUAAGAUAUUAUAUAUCGCGAAGAAAACUGGAGUGAUUGCGAUGUGCAAUAGAAAAUUAUACAUAUAGAAAGAGAAAUAAAUAGAGAUGAGCUAUGUAUAGGUGUGUUGUAUAUGUAAUCGGCGGAGAGCGACGUGUACAUAAUUUACCAUUUAGCGAUGGCAAUGUCCCGAUAGACUGUUUAAAAUGUAACUUAGUUAUUUAUUUACGUAUAGUAUAUGAAGCGUAGCGAGCGCAUACGAACGAUC